AUGGAUAGACCAAAAACCAUGAAGCCCCAUAUAGUGCGCAAAGAUGCACGUGACGAUGAAGCUGCCCAACCUGUGUGUUCAAAUUGUAACACAAUGACAACACCUUUGUGGCGAAGAGACGAAGAAGGUCAAACACUUUACGUUAUAAAAAAACGUCAACGUUAUGAAAAUGGUCAAACACCGAAUCGUCGUAAAAAACAGAGAUCACCUGAACCAGAACAAGAUGUUCCACAACAACAACAACCACCUCCUCCCCCUCCUCCUUCACAACAACAAAUGGUUCCUGUAUAUGGUGGUCACAUGGGAGUCGCAACAUCAACCUCUAUGCCUAUGCAAUCAACUUUAAAUGUAUCGAGAUGA